ACAUGCACGGAAGUGUAUGGCCAGGGUGCCGCCGAACUUGUCAAGUAGGUCGGUUGAACUCGUUUCUCAGUAAAGGUGACUUAUUAUGGCCAAUUCCUGAAACAGUCGUUUCUGAAUCUACUGGUCCUAGUAUCGUGAAGAUUUCAUAGCAGUCCGUAGCGAUCACUGUCAUUAGCCUAUCAUGGCGAAACCCAAAUUAAUUGUGUUUGACUUGGAUUAUACCCUCUGGCCUUUCUGGGUGGAUACACACGUCGACCCACCUUUUCGUAGAAAUGAAAGUGGUAAAGUAGUGGAUUCUAGAAGUUCUCCCAUUUCCCUCUACAAGGACACUGUGAAUAUAUUGACCUCCCUCCAUGGUCAGGGCAUGAAGAUUGGAAUUGCUUCAAGAACUGGGGAAACAGAAGGAGCCAACCAACUGCUGUCCCUGUUCAGCCUCAACCAGUACAUCUCCUUCAAGGAAAUAUACCCAGGUUCAAAAGUGACACAUUUUCAGAGGUUACAGGCAGACAGCGGCGUCAAAUACAAUGAAAUGAUGUUCUUUGACGAUGAGUCCAGGAACAUUACAGACGUCAGUCGGCUAGGUGUGCACUGUGUCCUUGUUCGCGAUGGAGUGACCUCAAAACUAGUUGAUGAAGCGAUCCAGCAGUUCUCCAAGUCACACUCGUGAUGAUUGAGCCAUCAGAAUCUAUGGAGUCAGACCACUGGAUGUCAGUGUGGAACCAUUGCACUAGUCUUUUGAGACCUCUUGUUUACAAAGUUGUCAUCUGUAUUUACACUCAGAUGUGCACAAGUAUAAACUUUACAGCAACAGCAUCCGUGUGGCAACUGCUAUAAGGCUAUGAGAUUGUAAUAGGAUGUUAUAGAAAUGACAGGGAUGUGUAAAUGCCCUCUGGGGGAUUUUCUCCAAGUUUGUGUUCUUUUUAGACACAGAACGGAUCCUGUUGACUCCUUUAUUUCUCUAUGUUUUCUUUCUAAGUUUCCGCUUGGCGUUGUUACCAAGUGGCUUACCAAUCUACAAAUUACUAUUAUUUGUCUCUUGGCCACUGUCGUCUUUCAUAGGAAUGAUAUCCCUUGAGUUGUUACACACAUUUAACAAGCACUGUAUUCAACCUAUUUAUUUAGUGUACCAUUUUAAGAAUAUGAUAGGCAGAGCAUUGUGAUAUAUGGCAUUUUACUGGGGCACAAUGCUCUGCCUUUCUCAUGUGCAGUGUCAUUUUAAUCUUAGUAGCUGUUAUGUUUUUAAUUUGGGUUGGUAUGUAAAGGUGCCCAACUCUCCUCCUGGUGAUUUACCAUCUAAUAGGUUUUGGUGGCAGCCAAGUGUUUAAAUGACCUGGGCGUCUGUGCCACGCAGAUGCAUCUGAACGGCUUGAUUAGCUCUCUGAGAAUAAGGCCUGGGCAUCCCUGUCCCUGCUGUGUAGGAAAUGAAUGAGGACUGCCAAAACGCCCAACUGCCCAACAUUCCCAAAUGCACUGUUAGAGUCAAGAGAGUGUGUUUAAAAUGAUUGCAGUUAUUAUUUAACGAUGGCUUUAACACAAGAAAGCUUUUGGGAAACACUGUUUUAGAGAGUCCAUUUGGCAGGGUUGAAGCUAAAAAUAUAAAAUUAUUUUAUCUUGUCUGACAUUUAUUUUCAAAGUUUGUUAUGCCAUGGUAUUAAUUGCUUUAAUUAUCUCAGCUAUGUAUUCUUGUGUAACAACUAAUUAUAAACUUAAAGCACUUAAAUUCAUAAAGCAAAAUUCCAUCCUGCUGAGUGAGGGUUGAUGUAUUUGUGUAAGUGGCAAGUUGUCACAUAGUGCAUGGUUGUGGGGUCCUUUCAUACUUUGCCAUUUGGGAGUUGUGACGGCCCUGGUUUUUGAUUCUGUACUUGACCUCUGUACUGUUCCUCCAUUAAAGUAAAUAAAAAGCAAUGCAAACCCA